AUGCCGAAAGAAAAGGUCACUUUUAACCUGAAAACCCCCAAGGGUACCAAGGACUGGGCCGGCCCUGACGCACUCCUCCGCGACCGCAUUUUCACCACCAUCAGCAACGUCUUCAAGCGCCACGGCGGCACUGCGCUGGACACUCCUGUUUUCGAACUACGUGAGAUACUGGCGGGGAAAUAUGGUGAAGAUUCAAAAUUGAUCUACGAUCUGCAAGAUCAGGGCGGAGAAUUGUGCUCCCUCCGUUACGAUUUGACCGUACCUUUUGCGCGAUGGCUGGCCAUGAACCCCGAUGUUCGCAGCAUAAAGCGCUAUCACAUUGCAAAAGUAUACCGGCGCGACCAGCCGGCGAUGACAAAAGGCCGUAUGCGAGAGUUCUAUCAGUGUGAUUUUGAUAUCGCCGGCGCGAAUUUCGAUUCCAUGGUCCCUGAUUCAGAAGUGCUGAGAAUUAUCACGGAGGUAUUCGACGAGCUGGGCUGGAAGGGGAAUUAUACAAUUAAAGUGAAUCACCGCAAAAUUCUCGACGGACUGUUUGAAGUCUGUGGCGUUCCGAAGGACAAAAUACGCACAAUCUCUAGUGCUGUGGAUAAAUUGGAUAAGCUACCUUGGGCUGAUGUGCGCAAAGAAAUGGUCGAUGAGAAGGGCCUUGAUCCUGCUGUGGCAGAUAAGAUCGAAACAUACGUUAUCCGAAAGGGAAGGAGGGAUUUGCUAGAUUCUCUGAAGACGGACGAAGUACUCGCCGCAAACGCAUCUGCGAAGACUGGUUUGGACGAAAUGAGCUUAUUGAUGGACUAUCUCGAAGCCUUUAACAUCCUGGACAAGGUAUCGUUUGAUAUGAGCUUAGCAAGAGGACUGGAUUAUUAUACUGGUUUGAUCUACGAAGUUGUUACUGAGGGCUCUGCUCCCACUGCGUCUUCUUCUGCACCAGAAGCUCAAAAGGCACAACGCUCGGGAAAGAAAGAUAAGUCGAAAGUAGAUGCGGACGAGGACCGGUCUAAUGAUCCCUCGGUUGGCGUCGGCAGUGUUGCUGCUGGAGGUCGUUACGAUGAAUUAGUUGGCAUGUUCUCAAGCAAAGCUCAAAUACCCUGCGUUGGCAUUUCGUUUGGCGUUGACAGGAUAUUUUCUAUUACAAAGGCUCGCAUGGAGCGCGAGAAGAGCGAUGCUCUCCGGAGCAGUGAAGUGGAUGUCUACGUCAUGGCGUUUGGCGGAAAGGGGUUCACUGGCUUACUAAAAGAAAGGAUGGAUAUCUGCAGAUCACUGUGGGAAGCCGGAAUCAAGGCCGAAUUCUCCUACAAAGUCAAGCCCAAACUUCCCCAGCAGUUUAAGGCUGCGGAAGCGGGCAGCGUUCCCUUUGCUGUGAUUCUAGGCGAAGAUGAACUUGCAGCUGGUGAGGUUAGAAUUAAGGAGAUGGGCUUGCCAGAGGGGCACCCUGAGAAGGAUGGUGUGCUCGUUAAAAUUUCAACUCUGCCAUUAGAAGUGAAAUCUAGGCUAGAAAGAAGGAAUGCUAAGACUGAUGGAGAGGGCAUUGGCGAGGGAAUUUCGAAAGGAGUUGAAGCUCUAGAGGUUGCAUAA